CGCCCCUCUGACCCCAGCCAGGCCCUUGCUGGCCAGCCCGGCGGCAGGCAGCCUCAUUGCCUCGAGCGCCACUGCUCUUCUCCUCUUCUCCUCCGGCUCCACCAGGCGCGCGCACGCCCGCACCCGGCGAGCCACACCGCCCGCCCGCCCGCGCAAGCUCGUGCGACCUAGAUCUGCGAGGCCGCCUGCACCCCGGCGCCGAGCAGCACUCCUCCUCUCGACUCAGAAGCUCGCCAGUGGCGCCGCCCGACGCACGUCUCGUGCUUCGCCCACUCCCACCUCGCUCCUCCCAGCCAGCAUGAAUUGGUAGAGCUGCCGCAUCGCCCAACUCUGCGCCGGCCGCCGCGCGCUCGCCUCCUGUCCUCUGCCGCACUGCGCCCGCUCCGCCGUCCAAGCACCGCUCUUGCGCGCCUCUCGCCGCGCAUACCUCACGCAUCAUGGCCGAGCGCAUGCGCUACGAGUCCGAGGAGCAGCCGGGCGGCAACUCGCUGCGCGGCGCCGCGUCCAAGGAUGAGGCGUGGAUGGGUGCGUUCGAGCGUGUCCUUGGCGACCACGGCGAGGGCGCGCUCGAUGCAGAGCGGCGCGGCAAGGGCUCUGAUGGAGGAGCUGGGCGGUUGGGCCAGCAGAGCGCCGCCGCAGACAAUAGCGCAAAGGCGCAGCUCAACGCCGAGACCAGCGGCAACGCCGGCGGCAGCCAGGCCCGGCCACGUCUCGACGAGCGGUCACGCAUGGGCUCUGCCGCGGCUCUGAACGCUGCGCAGGCGAGCCAGCGGGAAAGCAUGCACACCUCGCCGCCCGUCAGUACUGCUCCAUCCGCCUGGACGAUGCCCCCUCCGCCGCCCCGCGGCCGCAGCCGCAGCGGCAGCCAGUCGUCCGAGGCCCCUGCUGCUCCGCCUUCAUCUUCGCCUCGGCCGCUGCUCGCGCCUCCUCGGGCCUCGCAUGGCAAUCUCCACGAGCAGCUCGCGCCUUCCUCGCACUACCGCGGCGACGCAGGCAUGCGCACCGCCACGUCCAGCAGCUACAGCCUCGCGCCGCCGCCCAGCGGCCUGCAGCGGCCUGCGCAGAAAGCGCGAGGCUCUGCCUCUCGCUCCUACGGCGACGAAGGAUCGUCGGGCGAGAGUCAGAGCGGACCGAGCCUCGUGGCUGUGUCGGAGUCGAGCAUCGAGCUCGAGGGCGUGUAUGUCAACCACGCGCCGAGCAUCACCAAGCUCGUGCUGCGCAACCUCAACAAGGGCCAGCGCACUCUGGUGCGCAUCGAGAGCGACCUUGGGCGGGGUCUGAGCUUCUUGAAGCGGAAACGGAGCGUCGUGCCGGACUCGCUCGAGGCCAUACACUGGCCGGCGAACACAACGUCGUGGGCCCGCGCAGACGGUCUCUCGCCGCCGAAGCUGCGCGACCUGCGUCACUUUGGCGCGAACCUCGAGACGGCAGACUCUUUCAUUCUGGAGGCGGGAGCCGAGAUGCCGCUGUUCGUCUCCUUCCGCGCCGCACACUUCGUCGUCGAUGGCGAGGCCCGCUGGCAGCCGCCACGCAGCCCGACCAUCGAGAGCGCUCCGGGCAGCCCGCCGCUGCCGCGCGCGAGGGAGGGCACGCUGGCGAGCAGAUCGUCGAGCAACUCGUCCGCCGCGACGUCACCGUCCGGGGCCACCGGCGCCAAUGCGCUGCAGCAGCAGCAGCUCACGGCGCCGCAGACGCCAGUUGCCGACAUGUCUGCUUUCUCGCCGCGAUCAGCGCCAGAGUUGUCGUCGACGUUCGAAGCUGGACUUGGCACCGGCCCGGUGCACCGCGGCUUCGAGGUGCGCGGCAUGGUGACACUGCGCGCCUGGACGAUGCCUGCUGCUGCGCAAGACGCUGCGCCUGGAGCAGAAGACCCGUCGCUCGCAGCAGACAAGUCCGCUGCGCCUUCGGCUGCCAAGUCCUGGGCCUCGACCUCGUCGUCCUCGCGACCCGGCAGCCUGUACGGCUCUCAUGUGUCGUCGGCUCAGGCCUCGUCCACCACGGACACGUCCGUCUCGACGGAGCAAGAGGGCGCAGGCCAGGUCACCACGCUGCCCUUCUGGGCGUACAGCUGCCGUCCGCAGCUGGCCGUGUCAUCCAGUCGCGCGACGCCGACGCAUCGUCAUCUUGAGGAGGACUCGUUGGCGCCGACGCAGCCGCACGUCCACGGCCUCAUUACCCUCGACUUUGGCGACAUCUUCGUCGGCCAGAGUGACGAGCGGGAGAUCACGCUGCUCAACCAGUCAGAGAUCGAGGUCUUCUGGCAGGCGCGCCUGGACGACGCGGACAGCAUGCUUGCCGCGCCGCCGCUUUCGCUCGUGGACAACGACACCGGCGCGGUGGUGCAGACCGUCUCCUCGAGCGACGAGGUGCAGUCUCGGCCGCACAUCGUGGCUGCCUGCACUGCGCAGACACUGCGCGUCGCGUUGCUGCCGCGCGAGCCCUGUCGUGACUUUGAGCAGGUCAUCAGCUUCAGCAACCUGCACAAUGCCUCGAACACCGUGCGUGUGCUCGUCCGUGCCAAUAUGCUCGGCGCCGCCACCGACGAUGCGCUCGCGGUGCUCUCUGGCGACUCGAUCGACUUUGGCGACUGCUGCGGCGGGCACUGGACGCGGCAGCUGCUCGUGCUCAAGAACAAUGGCGACCACAUCCUCGACGUGGCGUUCAGCGUCCAGCGCGGCGUCGAGGCCAACUUCCAGCUCGCUGAGCUCGCGCCGCAGAUCGAGGAGAUCAGCAGCGACGACCUCUUCAUGGAGCCGCCGCCGCCAGCAGCCAGCGGCGCUCUGCCAACGCGGCAGAUGGACAGCGAGCCCAGCAAUGCGAGCUCGUCUCGGAGCGAUGCUACGAGCAGUGCUGUAUCCCAAGAGGGCUGGCGUCUGCUGAGCCCGCGGUCUGGCCAUGAUACAGACGACGAGGAUGCGGCCAACUCAGCUGCUGAGCUCGCCAAGACGCCGACGCAUCAUGCUCUGACAACAUCCGCGCCCGACCCGCCGCCAUUGCAGCUGGCUGAGGCCACUCCGCACCCCGGCGAGCGCGGCUUGAUCAAGGCUUGCACGCCGCUGGAUCUGCCUACAAAGCGUGCGAGCGAUGACGAUGUCGACGCCUCGUCGGUGGCGUCGCAAGCUGGCUCGACGCCUGGCUCGCCGGUGCAGGCGCGCACGAAGCUGUCUGCCGAGUCCAGCGCCGGUGGCAGCGCGGUCGAGAGCGGUGAUAACGCCGACGGGGAGGAGCGGAUCUCGCGAUUGCGCCCUCAGCCCUCGUCCGAUAUGCUCUUCGCCCCGCAGUCCGCUUCGCGUCACCAGCGUGAGGGCACGUCCACGAACGAAGACGUCGUCUCGCUGCGGUCAGAGAUCACAACCGCCACGUCGCAGGACAGCCGCAUCGGCUCGUACGCAGCAACAAGCUCGCAGCACAGCGGGCCCUCGCGGACCUCGGUCCGCAUUGGCGGCAGCAGCGGUGUGGUGCUGCGUGGCUUGCGCAGCGUCGAGCAGGCGCACAGCAAUCAGCUUGAGGAGCUCGUGCUGCGUCCCGGUGCCGAGUACCGCGUCGUUGUCGCCUAUCGGCCGCAGCGCGGACAGGUCGACGAGCACUUCAGCGCAGGUCGGCUGCGCGAGGACACAUUCAACAUCUCGCUCGACUACGCUCGUGCCCGGGCCGAUGGAGCGCGCUCGCGAGGCGGACGGCAGCGCAAGACGGUCCUCUGCCGUCUGCGCACGUGCACGUCGUUCAUCACCGUAUCGCCGCAGCUGAUCGACUUUGGCGAGGCCAACGUCGGAGCGCGCAAGUCUGCGCACGUCGCCGUCGAGAAUCGCUCCGAGCUGACGGCGCGCAUCGACGUGCGCUUCGUGUCCAAGGUGCUGAGCAUGUAUCGCGACGAGGUGGCCAUCCCGGCGCUGCAGACCGUCGAGCUGCGCGUCGACUUCUUCCCGCGCCGCAUCAACGAGGCCUACCGCAAGCAGAUCACCGUCGCGAACCUGAUGAACCGGACCGACGACCAGAUCUUCGAGGUGCGCGCCAAGAACGUCGACCGCCAGCGCGUCAGCUUCCACUCGCUGUUCUACCGUAUCCUGACUGCCUCGGGCGCAAACUUCAUCGACUUUGGCGACGUCAACAUCAACUCGACGCGCGUGCGCACUUUCAGCAUCGAGAACAUCUCCGGCGGGCGCCUGGCACUCGAGCUCAGCGCUGCGCACCCAGAGGACCUGCGCCUAUUUGUCAAAGCUCCGCCGGCCAAGGAGGCGGCUCCCGGCAGCGAAGCCGCAGGCGCAGAUGCCACGGACCGCCCUCGCACGCCCAACAAGGCGACUGAGGCAGACGCUGCCGACUCCACGGGCGUGCCUAAAGUAGCGACUCUCGAGGUGCCCGGGAAGAGCAAGACUGGCGCCAGCGGCGCGGAUCUCAAGGAGCGGUUCCUGGAGACCAUCUCGGUCGACUCGCCCGCCUCGAUCCGCCGCGAGAACGCCUCAUGGCGCCUGGCGCAGAAGCACAGCCACGUGCGCGCAGCCAAGGAGGCGAGCAGCAAGGCGGCUGCUGGUACCGCAGCCAAGGAUUCUGGGGCUGCGCCGAAGCCCAAGGCGCCCAUCAACAUGGUCUCUGCGCUGAAGAAGGGCGGCAAGGGGCGCAUCAGCCUGCAGUGGGGCCGCUCCAUGACGUUCAAGGACCGCAAGAUUCUGUCCGACUUCGAGUAUCUCGACCUCGCUACGGGCCCGCCCGUCGACACGCGCCGCAUCUCGGUGAAGAGCAAGAAGUAUCAGACGCUCGAGACGCUCGAGAUGGGCGAGCGCUCCACGCGCUCAACGCCAGCGAGCUCCAAGCUCAACGUGCGGGCCUCCCGCGCCGAGCAGUCGACGACCGACACUGCCUCGGGCGAUGGCGGCAGCGGCAGCAUCAGCCGGGCCUCCACGACCAAGAAGUCGCGGCCAUCGGUCAGCUCGCGAAAAAUCACGUCUACCGCGACAAGCGACGCCAAGGAGCCGCCAGCCACGCCAGCUGCUAGCUCAAAGGCGGCUGCCGCCGCAGCAGAAGGCGGCGAGGCCGAGUCGGGGUCCAACAAGUCGCCAGCACUCACUGGCAAGCGCAAGCCGCAGGCGUCCUCGCUGUCGAACCCUGCGAGCGUGUCGAAGCUCACGCCGGACGAGCUGAUCGCGGCAGUCGAGGCGCAGAGCUCGACGCUCAGCGCGUUCUUCAUGGGCAGCGCCGAAGCAGAGGAGCGCGCCGUGCGGACCGAGAUCAACUUGCAGCGCGAGCUGCAGGCCGCCAUUUCCAGCGGCCGCCUCGUGCCUGUCGAUCUGCUCGAGCUGGACACGAAUCAGGAGCGGCAGAUCGUGGCCGUCUACACGCCAGUCGCCAGCACUCGCCCGCACAUCCAGGGCAACUCGCGCAAGCAGGACUCGCGCAUCUUCCUCCGCCUCGCUCAGUUCGACGACGCCGUCGUGCGCGCGUCUUCGGAGUUCAGCGCGAUGGCGGACCUCGAGAUCGACGAGCUGCCCGUGCGCGACCUGAUGGUGCGCUCGACGCUCUGCCGCAGCCUGCUCGAGCUCGGACAGCCGCACAUCAACUUCGGGCACAUGGAGAAGGGCGACUCGAAGGCGCGCAAGAUCCUCAUCCAGAACCGCAGCGAGUGGGCACUGCGCUACUGCAUCCGCAAGAGUGGCAGUAUUGCGAGCGGCGACAUCAAGAUCGCGUCGGGCCUGUACGGCAUCGUGCCUGGCCACGGCAAGCGUGAAGUCGACUUUCUCUUCUCUCCCUCCCUCACGGGGCAAUUUCAGGAGAAGCUCGUCGUUGAGAACGUCGCCGACCGCGAGCGCGACCAGACCGUCUCGCUCAAGGCGACGGUGCGCAAGGUGCCCAACUUCGCCGUCGAGCCGGCGAGCAUCGACUUUGGCGUGUGCCAGCCCGGCAAGCUCACGCGCGCCGAGGGCUUCGUGGUGACGAACACGACGGCCAAGGCGCGCACAUUCGUCGUCGCUGUCGACUCCGACGAGCUGCGCCACCAGCGCAGCAUCGUCGACGUGGUCAUCGCCGCCGCUGCUGCCGCCGAGGGCAGUGUGCGCGGCACGCUCUCCAAGGCCGAGGAGGAGGAGGUCGAGCAUAUCUCACAGAAGCUCAAGAUCGCCACGCGCAAGGGUCACACUGACAAGGUCAAGAAGUACGAGACGCGCCUCACGGAGCUCGGCAUCAGGACGCCCUCGUCCACUGACGAGCGCGAAGCUGGCGCCAGCGAGGACUCCGCCGCGCCAGAGCCAGAUGCGCCGGCCGCCGCGCCCGCGCCCGAUGCUGCUGCUGCUGCUGUCCUGUCGCCUGAGGAGCAAGCAGCGCGCCUCAAGCGCACGGCCUCGUCCGCCGUGACCGUCGGCAUUGCCGCUGGGCAGAGCAAGCGGCUCCUCAUCCGCCUCCGACCGCACGCGGUGCACACCGCCCUCGACGCCUCGCAGUCCGCAGCCGCCGCUGCAGCUGCCGCGUCGGCCGCGCCUCUCGAUGCCGACGACGUGACCGUGCGCGUGCAGAUCCACGAGGUCAAGAACCGCGACGAGACCCGCUUCGUCGACGUGCGUGCGCGUGUCGAGAUGGCCGCCGACGCGGGCUGCAGCGAGACGGAGCCCAAGCUCGUCGACCCACUGCCGCACGACGACUCCAUCGUCUUCUCCUCGAGCAAGCCGAGCUGAUGUGCGCGCUUCGCACGCGGCGCUUCCAUGCCUCAUCCGUCUCCUCCUCUCCGAUUGCCUUAUUCCCGUCCCCCAAAAGUUCCGGCGCAGCUGCACCUCUGGUCGUCGUCGUCCCAGCAUCCCACCUCUCACAGCACAAACUCCCUUCCCCGAACCGGCCGCUUCCAGCCCUCCGCGCAUUCGCAUCUCGACCCAUGCUCCGAUACCACGACGUUAAUGUAACACACACAAUGACGGCCUCAUCUUUCCUGGUAUCGUGCCGCCGCCGCCGCUGCCGUCGCAUCACCACAGGCCGCGCAGGGCCGCCACGUCGCUCUCCGUCAUGCCGCUGGCAGCGUGCAGGCCCACGUCGGUGGCGGCGCGGGCCC